AUGGAGGACAUUACUCUAUAUGACUUUAUGUUCGACACCUGCCAUGACCCGGAUGAUCGCAACGACAUUCGAGAAGACCAAGUCUGGUUCCUCGACGCAAGCACUAACGAACACUUUACUCGCCGACAGAUCCGCGCUCGCACAGACGCACUGGCCAUUGGCUUCCAGCUUCACUUCCGUUCGAAAAUUUCCCAUCGAACCUUUACUACCAACCUUGGGAUAGGUCCGGUUGUGAGCGUGGUUGUGCCCAAUGAUAUUGAUUUUGGAACGGUCAUCUGGGCUUGCCACAGACUUGGCUACACUGUUGCGCCCAGCAAUGCUACCGUAACCGUUGAUGAGCUCAUCCAUCAGUUGCGUUUGACUCAAGCGAGUUUCAUCGUCGUACAUCCCUCUGCAAUAGAACGUGCACUGGCCGCUGCCUCCAGAGUUGGGAUACCAACGGAUAAUAUCAUUGCGUCUGAUGACGUUCAGACACCAUUAUUGACCUUGAAAGGUGUGCUUGACUCUGGACUCUUGGCUCUUGAGCGUGGCGAACGUUUUCGCUCCGUUUCCACCCUACCACCUGGGGUGCCCAGGGUUGCCUUCCUCUGCUUUAGCAGUGGUACUACUGGGUUGCCCAAAGCUGUCAUGAUCCCUCACAAAUCGGUCAUUGCGAACAUCAUCCAGGUUGCUCACUCAGGCUGUCUCCUACCCCGUUCCCUUGAUCCUAUGGUGCAAGACAGGGCGUUAGGUGUUAUUCCAAUGUCGCACAUGUACGGGCUCCUCACACUUUUGCAUCUAUGUCCUUAUUUGGGCAUCACGUCAACUUUAUACGCUUCAAUGCCGAGAUUUGAAAAUUUCCUUGAUUCAUUAGAGCGUCUGCGAAUCAAUCAUCUCUUUUUAGCACCGCCAUUGGUGCACGCAUUCAAUAAGCAUCCUUCCUCCAAAGGACGCGAUUUUUCCUUUUUCAAAACGUGCCUCGUUGCGGCCGCACCCCUGGAUGGUCAAAGCGAAGUGGAAUUUCGAAACCUUGUGAACUCACCCCAUUUUUUAAUUUCGCAGGCAUUUGGUAUGACCGAAACAGCCGGCCUUAUCUCGGGUCCACAUUUAGGGGCUCUACCAUGCCAUGGCUCCGUUGGACAGUUAAUGCCAAUGACGGAAGCUAAGCUCCUUAACAGUUCUUCCGGCGUACCUGUUCUUCAAGGGUCAGGCCGCGUGCGAGGCGAACUUCUGGUCCGAGGACCCCAAAUCUGUCUUGGGUACUUAAACAACGAGAAGGCCACGCGUGAAACGUUCGACAGUGAUGGAUACGUUAGGACUGGUGACGAGGUGGAAAUUGAUGAAAAUGGAAUCAUUUAUAUUGUGGACCGUCUCAAAUCAAUUAUUAAAUGCAAGGGGUUCCAAGUCAGUCCGUCUGAACUUGAAGGCCAUAUGCGGGGCCACCCAUGCGUUCGGGACGCGGCGGUAAUUGGCAAGCCCGACCCACGUUGUGGCGAAGUUCCUGUCGGAUUUGUUGUACUCUCUAAUGAGGGUGUGGCUCAAACGCGUCAGGGGAUAGAUGUGAAAGAGACUAUUAUGGCCUACAUACGGGGGAAAUUGGUGUGUGACAAGAUUUCGCAGUACAAGUGGUUAGCAGAAGUUCAUUUCAUUGAUGCUAUCCCGAAACUCCCUUCUGGGAAGAUACUGUCCCGUGAACUCAAG